GAACCAGUGAGGUUAAAGGGCACAGCCACGUAUAGAGCAGGUACAGAGGCCUGGUGUCUGGGACAAAAAGGGAAAGCUGAUGGUGUGAGGCUCUGGUGUCUGUGACAGAGGAGGAGGUGCAACGGAUACACUGACAAUGGAUGUAAAGUGAAGCCCCGGGGGCGUGUGCGAACUGGAAUACUCACUGGCUAAUCCCUUGAGUGGGCGGAGCUUGCAACUGGACAGAUAAGGGUUAUAAACCUUCACUUCGUCCCCCACCACACCAGAGACAAGAGCCAGGAAGUGAUAAGGAAACCCUGAGCCGGCGUCAUGGCAGCCAAACCCAAGCUCUGGUACUUUCCUGGCCGGGGCAGGAUGGAGUCGAUCCGCUGGCUGCUGGCUGCAGCUGGCGUGGAGUUUGAAGAAGAAUUUCUUGAAACAAGAGAGCAAUAUGAGAAGUUGCAGAAGGAUGGGCGCCUGCUUUUUGGCCAAGUGCCUCUGGUUGAAAUUGAUGGGAUGAUGCUGACGCAGACCAGAGCCAUCCUCAGCUACCUGGCUGCCAAGUACAACUUGUAUGGAAAGGACCUGAAGGAGACAGUCAGGAUCAACAUGUACGCCGAUGGCACUCAGGACCUCAUGGGGAUGAUCAUGAUGGCUGCGUUCAAACCCCCAGAGGAAAAAGAGGAGAACAUCGCUUUAAUUGUGACAAAAGCGAAAACCCGUUACUUCCCGGUCUUUGAAAAGAUUUUGAAAGACCAUGGAGAGGAUUUCCUUGUUGGCAACAAAUUCAGCUGGGCAGAUGUACAGCUCUUAGAAGCUAUCUUAAUGGUGGAAGAACUCAGUGCUUCUGUUCUCUCGGACUUCCCUCUGCUAAAGGCAUUUAAAGCAAGAAUCAGCAACAUCCCUACAAUUAAGAAGUUCCUGCAGCCUGGGAGUCAGAGGAAGCCACCUGCGGAUAGCCGCUACGUUGCCGUGGUCAGGCACGUUCUGCAGUUCUAAUGGCGGCAGGCCUCGCUAUGGUGCACGGCCGCCAUCAGCCACAGCCUCGCACGUGCCGGAGCUCACUGUAGAUUCUAGGUGUAAAAUGUCUGGAAAGAGCAAAGCAGUACUGCCAUCAACAGCCAAUGCCAAUUAAAUGAAACAUGAGACCAUUUGGUUAUAUGAGCAUUUUUAAA